AUGACGCCGCCGCCAGGCGGCGACAACGACUGGUUUGAGGACUAUGAUACAGACAUGAGCGAUGCCUCGGGGCAUCCCAGCGACCAGGACAGCCCAUACCAAAGCGACAGCGACGGCAGCGGCAGCGGGCGCAGCAGCAGCGACGACGACGCCGGCGACGACGGCUUCCAGGAGCGCACGGCGUCGGAGGGCGGCGCCGACCAGUACAAGCGCAUGUACACGGUCAUAGACAGGCAGAACCUGCGCAGGAUGCAGGACGAGGCGCUGUCCCAGGUUCAGUCGAUCCUGGGGUGCAGCACCACCACCGCCCGUGCCCUGCUCAUCUAUUUUUCCUGGGAUGCCGAGGCGCGGAGCGUGGGCAGGGAGGAGGUGUACAAGCGCGCGGGGCUGGUGUCGCAGGCGGAGGAGGCACCACAGUCAGGGGCGGCGGCCGCUGCCGCCGACGAGGUGUCCUGUGGGGUGUGCAUGUGUGACGUGCCGCGGCAGGACACCACCACCAUGGACUGCGGCCACACCUUCUGCAACGAUUGCUGGCAGGAGCACAUGCGGAUCAGCAUCUCAGAGGGCAUGAGCCGACGGCUCAAGUGCAUGGCUGGCAGCUGCGGCGUGGUGUGCAAUGAGGUCAAGGUAAAGCAGCUGCUCAAGGGCAACAAGCCGCUGCUGGCCAAGUACGAGGAGACGCUGCUAGAGAGCUACGUGGACGACAACAAGCGGGUGGACUGCACGUGCGGGCACAAGUUCUGCUUUGCGUGCUGCGAGGUGCAGCACAGCCCCGCCACCUGUGAGAUGUACCGCGACUGGGAGCAGCGGCUGCGGGACGGCAGCGAGACCAACAGCUGGCUCCACGCCAACACCAAGCCCUGCCCCAAGUGCAGCAAGCCGGUGGAGAAGAACGGCGGCUGCAACCUGGUGCUGUGCCGCUGCGGCCAGGCCUUCUGCUGGCUGUGCGGGCAGGCCACGGGGCGGGCGCACACCUGGACCAACAUCGAGGGCCACUCCUGCGGGGCGUAUAAGGAGGAGGCGGAGGCGCGGGCCAACGAGGCGCAGCGCAACCUCAAGCGCUACCUGCACUACCUCACCCGCUACGAGGCCAACCUGCACGCCAUCAAGCUGGAGCCGCAGCUGCGCAAGGGCUGCGAGGCGCGUGUGGACCGGCUGAUGGAGGCCGACCCCGCCUCCAUGACCAACUUCUCCUGGCUCAGCGACGCGCUCACCCAGCUCUUCCUGGCCCGCAACUACAUCUUUGCCUUCUACAUGUUUGGGCAGAGCAUGUUCCGGGAGGACUUCACGCCGCAGGCCAAUGCCAUCAACCAGGCGCUGUUUGAGGACAAGCAGGGGCAGCUGGAGGCGGAGGUGGAGCGGCUGAGCCAGCUGAUUGAGAACCUUGAGUUCCAGUGGCCGCUGUCCCUCAUCAGCGACAGCAGCUGGCAGGGGCUGCCCGAGCAGCGCAUGGGCAUCAUCAACCUGGCCGCCAUCAUCGACAUGCGCAUACGCAAGAUGUAUGAGGUGACGGGGGAAGGGGCAGGCGACGUGAUCGACCUCACGGCGGCGCACAGCGACGACGGCAGGACGGGGAGGGCCAAGGGCAAGGCCCCCGCCGCCGCCGCGGGCCGCGCCAAGCGCAAGGCGGGCAGCUGA